CAUUUUAUUGUGGAUUAUACAGAAGAAGGUUUUGAAAGGAUUGGAUAUUCCAGGCCCAAAAGGAGUGCCCAUUUUUGGUAAUGCGUUUGAACUUGGUUCACAAACUCCAUAUGUCCAGUUGCACAGAUGGAGUAAGAAAUAUGGCGGUGUUUUUAAAAUUCAAAUAUUCAAUGAAGAAAUAGUAGUGUUGAAUGAAAAUGAUGUCGUAAGAGAAGCCCUAUUAUCAGAGGAUUUUGCAGGACGACCAUAUUUAUGGAGGAUCAACUUUUUAACUCCUGGAGGUGACAAAAGCAUCACAUUCCGAGAUUUAUCACAAGGUUGGAAAAAAGUUCGAAAAAUUGCCCAUCGAGGUUUAAAGCAAUUUGGAGAUGGCAUGGACAGAAUUACUAUUCUGUCAUCUGAUGAGAUCCAAGACUGCAUUAUGAGAUUCAAAAGUAAUGGUGAGACUCCAUUUGACCCCAGAGAAGCUGUGGAAAAAUGUAUAGCAAAUAUCAUGUCUACUUUGCUGGUGGGCGAACGCAUUGGCGAAAACUCAGAAGACUUCUCUUCAGUACAUUUUAUGGUAAAGACUGGUAAAAGAAUUGCACCAGCAGGACCAGGCGCUGAGCUUGACAUGUUUCCUUGGCUAAGAUUCUUUGGAAACGAGUCCUUCAAAAUGUUAAAGGAAUAUAAUGUGAAGAAAAAUAAAUUGUUUUCAUCUUGGUUGAAAAAAGCUAAGAACAGGUUGAGCUUACACAGUGAGGAGUCUUUGGGUGUAUGUGA